CAGGUCCGAACAGAGGGGAACCCCGCAAAAACCCUCGCCUCGCGGCCUCGCCCACAAACUGCGUCGCGUAGGCGUAGCUAGGGCACGAAGAGAGAGCGGCGAAUCCGGCGAUGGAGUACGUGAACCCCCUCACCGGCUUCCGCGUCGACGGCCGCCGCCCCAACGAGAUGCGGCAGCUCAAGGGCGAGGUUGGCGUCGUCGCGCGGGCCGACGGGUCGGCGCUGUUCGAGAUGGGCAACACCAGGGUCAUCGCCGCCGUCUACGGCCCUCGAGAGGUCCAGAACAAAGGGCAGCAAGUAAACAGCAGCGAGGCUCUGGUGCGUUGUGAGUAUAGGAUGGCAGAAUUUAGUACUGGGGAUCGGAGGAGGAAGCCAAAAGGUGACCGGCGAUCAACAGAAAUUUCGCUUGUUAUUCGACAAACAAUGGAGGCAAGCAUAUUAACAAAUUUAAUGCCACGCUCACAGAUUGAUAUAUUUGUCCAAGUUCUUCAAGCUGAUGGUGGAACAAGGUCAGCAUGCAUCAAUGCUGCAACACUAGCUCUUGCAGAUGCUGGGAUUCCAAUGCGAGACAUUGUCACAUCUUGUAGUGCUGGGUAUCUGUGUUCUACUCCUUUGCUCGAUCUGAAUUACAUAGAAGACAGUGCUGGGGGUGCAGAUGUCACUGUUGGCGUUCUUGCAAAGAUGGACAAAGUGACACUUCUGCAGAUGGAUGCAAAACUACCGAUGGAUACAUUUGAAAAUGUAAUGGGACUUGCUAUUGAAGGGUGCAAAGCAAUCGCAAAUUACAUCCGGGAGGUGCUAUUGGUGAACACAAAACAACUGGAGUGCCAGCGUGGUUAGUUGAACCUGUCAGGUGAAGGCCAUUUUCCCAGCUUCUGCAACGUUUGAAGCCUGGACUGGUCUGUGUAACUCUAUUGAUUUAUGUGCUUACUCGACAGAGUAUCCAGAUUAAUGGUCUGAACAUGUUAAAGAUCGCUGACCCAUCAAUAGACAUGACACACCGUGUAAACGCUUGCUGGUUGAGGGUAAAUGGCUUUGGUGCAGUGCACAAGAAAUAUCUGAGCUUGCUUGUACCAAACUACAAACGAGUGUGAAACUUCGAAUGCUGCUCAAGGAACUGGUUCGCUUCCGGAUUUAAGAUUACGAGGAACUGGCAAUUGCAGUCCUUUGUUUGCAACUAUUGAGAUUGUUCCCCUUGAGAGCAAUAUAUAAUCCGAUACAUAUUGAAUGUGUCA